AUGCGUAAUUUGGUUUGUCUGAAUAGAGGUCGAAUCCAACCGACCUCAUCAACAGCACCGGAUCUACCUAUUAAAGAUUCAGUUUUCGAUCCAGUUAAUGAUUCUUUAACAAUUAUAUUAGGACCUGGAGAUUUUGGUAUUUAUGAAAUUCAACAAUUUACUAGAGAUGGUAAAGUUAAAACUUUAGCAAGUUUCCCAAGUCAAGAGGAACUAAUAUCUUUUGCACAUUUUGCUGAUUCAAAUCAAUUAGUUUGUAUUUUUGCUAAUGGUGAUAUUAUUACUGCAACUUAUGAUUCUUUUAAUGAAGAAAUCGAUCCAGAUCAAACUAUUGUGGAAAUUGUUGGUAGUAUUGAUAAUGGAUUACAAGCUGCUUCAUGGUCAUCUGAUGAAGAAACAUUGGUACUUGUUACAAAUGAAAAAACUAUUAUCCUUUUGAGUAGAUUAUUUGAACCAAUUGCUGAAUCCACAUUACAAGAAUCAGAUUCAAAUCUUUCAAAUCAUGUUGAUGUUGGUUGGGGUUCCAAAGAAACUCAAUUUAAAGGUAAAGGUGCUAAACAAUUAGAAAGAGAUUUGAUCAAAAAUUUGGAUUUAGAAAGAGAUACAAAUAAAAGAGAUCCAACUAUGCCUUUGUAUGUUGAUAAUGGUGAUUUAUCAACAUUUGAUAACCAUUUAGCUUCAAUUACAUGGAGAUCUGAUUGUGAAUUCUUCGCUGUUUCCACAAUUGAUAAUAUUAAUAAUACUGAUAGAAGAAUGAUUCGUGUUUUUUCAAGAGAAGGUGUAUUGGAAAAUGUUUCUGAACCUGUUGAUUUCUUGGAAAAUCAAUUAUCUUGGGGAAAUUUAAUUUCUUCAAUUCAAAGAAGAACUAAUGUCCCUGAAGAAGAUCAAUCUUUGGAUUUAGUGUUUUUUGAAAAAAAUGGUUUAAGACAUUUAGAAUUUGAUACAAGAUUAUCUAUAAAUACUAAAAUUGAUGAUAUUUUAUGGAAUUCAACAAAUGAAGCUUUAGCUAUAAAAUCACAAAAUAAAAUUUAUUUAUGGACUACAAAAAAUUAUCAUUGGUAUUUAAAACAAGAAAUUAAUUCAGUUGAAGAUAUAAAUUUCAUGAAAUGGCACCCAGAGAAGAACUUGAGAUUAUUAAUUGGUACAAACUCCAAGAUUGAAAUUAUUGAUUUUGCCUAUAAGACAACAAUUGGUCCAUCAGUUGUUCCAUUAGACGUGGGGAUGAAUAUUGUUGUUGAUGGUUCCACUGUUAAUUUAACUCCAUUAUCAAUAGCUAACGUUCCUCCACCAAUCUCAUAUCGUGAUUUUGAUGUUGAUGGUAAUGUAUUAGAUGUUGCAGUUAGUAAAUCAAAUGAAAUUUUUGCAGCAUUAACUAAUGAAUCCAUAUCAUUUGCUAAUGUUGAUUUAGAUUCAAUGAAAUCUGGGAAACAUCCACAAAUUAUUUCCUCAAUGAAAAAAUCAGAAUUUGCAACUUCUGAUGAACAUUUAAGACAAGUUGCUUUUACAAAUGAUGAUAUUGUUGGUGUAUUAUUAGAUAGUGAAGCUGGUAUUUCCAGAAUUAUAUUGAUUGAUGUUUCUGAUUUAAAUGAUCCUUAUGUUAAAUCUAGUAUUGAUAGUUCAUUGAAAAUCGUUUUAAUGAAAUCACAAGCUGAUUGGUCAAGUAUUACUUAUGAAACUGUUGAUGGUUCAAUUAAUAGAAUUUUAAAAACUUUCAAUCCAGAAAUUGAAGAUGAUGAUUUCAAUUCUGUUCAAGUGGCAAAAUUCCCACAAUUAUGUAAUGAUUAUGAAUUAGCUGUGAUACAAAUUGAUUAUGGACAAAUUGAAGAUGAAUAUGAAAUUGAAAAUGAAUGGAGUAAACCAAAUGUGGAUUCAACUCCUUUAGUUGCAUUUGGUAUUAGUUCAAAUGGUAAAUUAUUUGCAAAUGAAGUUCAAUUAACAAGUGCAGUUACAUCAUUGAAAAUCACUGAAGGUCAUUUAAUAUUUACAACUGCUCAACAUGUUUUAAGAUUUGUUCAUUUAAAUACCACUGAAUUUAAACCAUUAAUUGAAUCAACUGAUGCUACAAGUGAUGAAAGAGUUCGUCAAAUUGAAAGAGGUUCAUUAUUAGCUAAUGUUAUCCCAUCUAAAUCUGCUGUUGUACUACAAGCUCCAAGAGGUAAUUUAGAAACUAUUAAUCCAAGAAUUAUGGUUUUACAAGGUGUUAGAAAAGAUAUCAAGAAUAGAAAUUAUAAGAAUGCAUUUAUUACAUGUCGUACUCAUAGAAUUGAUUUAGAUUUAUUACAUGAUUAUGAUCCUGAAUUAUUUAUACAAAACAUUGAAUUAUUUGUUAAACAAAUUGAAAGAAUUGAUUAUUUGGAUCUUUUCGUUUCUUGUUUACACGAAGAUGAUGUUGCAAAGACUAAAUAUCAAGAAACUUAUUCAGAUGAAGAAAUUGAUCAAAAAGUUAUUGCUAAUCAUCAAUUACAACAACAACAAGAACAAAAUGGUAAUAAUGAUAAUUAUCAAAGAAGAAGAUGGGUUGAUCCAAAAGAUUCCAAAAUUAAUAAAAUUUGUGAAGCUAUUUUAGCUGUAUUGUUGACUCCACCAUAUAAGGAAAAAUAUUUACAAACAAUUAUUACAGCUUAUGCUUGUGAAAAACCAGCUAACUUAACUGAUGCAUUAUCAUUAAUUAGUUCAUUCACUAAUAAAGAAGAUGCUGAAAAAUCUGUUGUUCACUUAUGUUUCUUACAAGAUGUUAAUGUCUUGUAUAAUACAGCUUUGGGUCUUUAUGAUAUUAAAUUAACUUUAGCAAUUGCUCAACAUUCUCAAAAAGAUCCAAAAGAAUAUUUACCAUUCUUACAAAAUUUACAUUCACAAACUGAAUUACGUCGUAAAUUUUUAAUUGAUACUCAUUUGAAGAAAUUUGAAAAAGCUAUUGUUCAUUUAUCAGAAAUCAUCAAAGAUGAUGAAGAAAUUAGUGAAGAAUUUAAAAAUUAUGUUGUUGAACAUGAAUUAUACAAAGUUGCAUUGGGUAUUUAUAGAUAUGAACAUCAAAAACAAAAUUCAAUCUUAGAUUUAUAUGCUAAAAACUUAUAUUCAAAACAAGAAUACGUUGAAGCUGGUAUUACUUAUGAAUUAUUAGGUAACUUAGAAGAUGCGUUAGAAGCUUAUAUUUUGGGUCAAAAAUGGAGAGAAGCCUUAGCAAUUACAGAAAGAGAAGAAUUUAAAGAUCAAAUGAUUGAAACUGCUGAAAGAUUAAUUGGUAGUUUAACAGAAGCUCAUAAAUAUUCAGAUGCUGCUACAAUUGAAUUCAAAUUCUUGGGUCAUUUAGAAGAAGCUAUUAGAUUAUAUUGUAAAGAAUAUUUCUAUGAAGAAGCUAUAUUACUUGCUCAAAAGGAGAAAAAACCAGAAUUUAUCGAAGACAUUGUUGAUUCAUCAUUAGGUGAUGGAUUUGGUACAAUUGCUGAAUUGAUUGCUGAUUGUAAAGGUCAAUUAACUUCUCAAUUAAGACGUCUAAGAGAAUUGAGAACCAAGAAGGAAGAAGAUCCAUAUGCAUUCUUUGGUCAAAUUGAAGAUUCAGACGCAGCUGAUAAUGUUUCUGUUGCACCUUCUGAAACCUCAACUAAAGAAUCUUUCUUUACAAGAUAUACAGGUAAAACUGGUGGUACUGCUAAAACAGGUGCAUCAAGAAGAACUGCUAAAAAUAAGAGAAGAGAAGAACGUAAACGUGCUCGUGGUAAGAAAAAUACAAUUUAUGAAGAAGAAUAUUUGGUUAAAUCUAUUGGUAGAUUAAUUGAGAGAUUGGAUCAAACUAAACCUGAAGCUAUUAGAUUAAUUGAAGGUUUAAUUAGAAGAGGUAAAAGGGAACAAGCUUAUCAAGUUCAAAAAACAUUUGUUGAUUUAAUUGAAGAAUUAAAGGAAAACAUUGUGGAAAUUUAUAAUAUUAGUGAAAAAGAUCGUGAAAGAAUUGAUGAAAAUGGUGAAGUUUAUUAUAUUCCUGAAAUUCCAGUUCCAGAGAUUAAAGAUUUCCCAAAGAAGGCAACAUUAGAUUAUUGA